CCUCACUCUUGCUGCUUGCUCCGGGCUCGCAUGCAUGCGCAGAACAAAGGCAACGGUAAAAACUCGCAAAUAACCCACUCAGUCCACCGUUGAUGAAUGACGGAACACGAUGCCAAAUUUGCAAGGUGGGCCAAUUGGGGGAAGGGCGGCUUCGCAGUACCGUCGAGUGGACAUAUAUCCAAUGUCCUUCUCCACCCGCCCGCCUCCUCCUCGCGGGUGAGGGGGCGCCCUGUGGCCCUGGGCUCCAGGAAUGAGUGGCGUCCUGUCAGCGGCGAAACACAUUUCCCCUCCAUCCAUCGAACCAUGCCACCCCCGCAAUGCAUACGUCACAGUGUGCGGUUUCGGCUGCGCUCGCCGGCAGGAAUUGAAAAUCCAAUCACACCUCAACCCAAAGGUCAGCACCGGAACUGCGCGUUCGACUUACUGCAGCAGCAUGCCAGCUUUCACGACGCAGGUCGGCGAGGAUUGGACGGAGAGCCAUACACACAGACCAGACGCAGCGGGCGUCGACGCGUACGCGUUGGCGUGCAGCAGCAGCAUCAGCAGCAGCAGCAGCUUCAGCCCUUCGGACUUCGCACAACCGGCUUAGAAAGUUUUGUGAUUGUAAUUGGCUGCAGCAACCUCCGAAUAUCCGUAUUCGACACCAUGAAAGUGGUUCGAGCCCUCCCCCCCUCCCGCGAUGUCUCUGGUUCGCCGCACGCGCAGGGCCAAUUUGCGUUUGAACCGUAAGAUGAGAGGACCGGAAGCAAUAGAAUACCCUUUUGCUACCUAUGUGCUCCGGACGGUCGGCUGCGGGAUUGCAAAUAAUCCAAUCCGAGAGCCGGCGGAUACAUGUGACUGUGAAAUUUCCCCUCCUUUGUUCAUUUAUGAUUGCUAUCCCAUCACGGAUGGACGAGAGCUGAUGAAUGAAUGGCGUUG